CUUUUGAACGGGACACGUUUGGGCAGCCCCCAGCAAUGCCCCUUCCCUGGGCUUGAGGACAGCCAUGGAGCUGGGAGUCCUCCUCCUGCUGCCGCUCUGCUUCCCAGGUUUUCAAGCUCAAACAUCUGAUUCUGAGGAGAGACUAUCAGAAGGAAGCACUCUGCAUGUCCAGUGUCCUUACACUGCAGGGGUUACCUACCAGCAGCAGAAAGUCUGGUGCCGUGUGAGCAAUAACAAAUAUGAGCCUUUAGUGGAGACGAGCAGGCCAACAGAAUACUCAUACAGAAACCAGGCCACAAAUGGGAAAGUUACAAUAGAGGAUGACAGCAUGCGUAAGACUGUGUCCAUCACCAUGACUAACCUCCAGGCAGAGGACUCAGGCACAUACGUCUGUGCUUUCUUGUACUACUCCAGUUACAGCUAUUAUCUACUAAAGAUGAUUUCACUGAGUGUUUUCAAGGAGCUGCAUAAGUCGGAGUUGGAGACUGUCUCUGUGCAGUGCAAAUACAGCGCCUUGGUACACAGCACAGAUGUAAAAUUCUGGUGUCAAGAAGGUCAGACUGGCUGUAAAGUCCUGGUGAGGACGGAUUACCCUUCAGCACAGGGUAACAGCAAAGCUCUGGAACACAGAACAGUGAUCCAGGAUGACACCCAGAGAAGGACUGUCACCAUCACCAUGCAGAAGCUUCAGGCCCAGGACACCGGUGUGUACUGGUGUGCAUUCUACCGUGGCGCUCAUACCAUCCAGAUAAUGGAGGCCAGGGUCUCUGUGUUCAAGAGGACCCAACAACACACAGCCAAGAAGUCAGGCAAUUUCUCUGUCCAGUGUUCAUACAAUGCCCUAGAGUAUGGGGCUGCGAGAAAAGCCUGGUGCAAAGAGGUUGCUGAGAAACCAUGUACCAUACUGAUCACCACAGAUUUGAAGCCCUCAGGAUACCCCAGGACAUUUCAGCAAGGCAGACUCACAAUCCAGGAUGACACCCAGAAGGGAGUUGUCACUAUCACCAUACGUGAGCUGCAGGCACAGGACUCCGGAGUGUAUUUGUGUGCGCUUUAUGAACAUGGUUAUAUUUUCCGAAUGGAGGAGGUGACGCUCAAUAUUUCUGACAAGUCGGCUGGAACAACUUUGUCAGGUACUGCAGGCACAAGUCAAGCAACGCCUUCUGGCGACGACCCAAAACUGAGCUCAAAUGCAAACUUCUUCAUCCUACUCUAUGGGGUCCUGAGCAUCCUGCUCAUCCUGGCACUCAUCAGCUUGAUAACACUGUGCAUCAGGCAGCACAAGCAGCUGAAGAGAAAAGGUAACGGACAAGCAGAUCACAUUUAUGAGAAACCAGAGGACACAGCACAGCUUGACAGCACUGAAAGACUGGAAAGUCCCAAGGAUGACAGCAAAGACCUAAAAUAUGUUACCCUGAACUUUAAAUCCAAAAUCAUCCUUCAGGAUCCUCUCUACUGUAAUGUUGAACCAAGUCAAGCUCACAUGAAACCCAAAGAUGAAAAUGUGGAAUAUGCUAUCAUUGCAGUCAAGCAGUAACCAAUGCAUGACAAAGGAUGAAACACAGAAUCCCAAAACAAUCCAGAAAUGGAAGAAAAGAACUGGAAUACAAAGGGGGAAUGAGGAGUAGAAGGUGUGUCGAUGGACACUGGGGAAAGAUCUAAGUUUUUGCUGCCAUGUGUAUGUUGCCUAUGCAUUUUAAGACCUCCUAUUAGAGUCUAGUAGAGAAUUUUGACACAAGUGUGCAGAUUCUCUCAGGACAGAGAGGUGCUGGGUAAUUCCGAGGAUCCCUUGCACAUCUUCUUUCUUCAAUUACAUUAAAAUGCAGACACUUUGGAGAGGCAA